CUUCUUCUCCGGCACCUUCCGGGCGCCGCGGCCUGCCGAUCCACGCGAAAUCAGGAGGUUUCCUCACUUCCACCGGACCUUCCCCGUAGAUCUUCCCGAACAUGUUCGACCAGUGUGUAAAUAUAAGUGUUUGCCAACGCCUCAUCUCAGCCUUUGCCAGUUAGGUACCAGAAAUAAGCCCACGUCCGCCUGCCAGAAAGACAAGCGGUGGGCAUGGAGCCCCAAAAAUUUAUCAACGGGCCCGAGCCCUUGAGAGGCCCAGAGGUUCCUUACAAAAAUGAAAGUAAAAGCAAUCCCCCCCUAAGAGGGCUUGUCCUCGUCGCGGCAAUGUACUUCAUGGAAUGGUUUCGCUUCAUCCGGGAAAUUAUUUGGCGCAAUACCGGAUUCGACUCAUUGAGGGAACUCAUCCCCUUCAUCCAGGAGUAUGAGCCGUGGUUUGAACCGCAGGUCGUGCCCGUCCCGGUUCUGGGAGGGACCAGUGAGGUCGACGGGAACUCGAGGACGACUGGAGCAGAAGAGGAGGAAAUCCAGGCCCCAUUGGCUGCCUAUCCCAAGGCCAAAUACUACUCGGCGGCCGACUACCGCAAAUUGUAUCUCUCGGGCACCCUAACGCCAACUGACGUUGCCGAGGUCCUGUUGCCUCUAAUCCGGCGGGACGUUCCCGAUCCAACUGAGCACUCAAAAGCAUUCUUCGAGACGCGAGUCGACAAGGUCCUGGCGGCAGCGAAAGAAUCGACCCAGCGGUACAAAGAGGGCCGCUCGCUUGGACCACUGGACGGCGUACCCACGGCAGUAAAGGACGAGUACGAUGUAGACGGGUACCGCACUUCUCUCGGCUCGCGCAACACCUAUUACUCCCCCGAGCAGGGCCACGGGACCUCGUGGUGCGUCCAAAGACUCGAAGCCGCCGGUGCCAUUAACCUCGGCAAACUCUCCAUGCACGAGUUCGGCCUCGACACCACCGGUAACAACCCGAUCCACGGCACGCCACGCAAUCCGCACAACCGCAACUAUUACACGGGCGGUUCCUCUUCGGGCACCGCCUACGCCGUCGGCGCGGGCCUGAUCCCCAUCGGACUGGGUAGCGACGGCGGAGGCAGCAUCCGCAUCCCGGCCAGCCUCUGCGGCGUCUUCGGUCUCAAGCCAACCCACGGCCGCCUAUCUUUCCGCCCCGGUCCCAACCUCUGCAUAACCUGCGCCUGCCUCGGCCCCCUGGCCUCUGACGUCGCCUCCCUCGCGGCCGUCUUCUCCGUCAUCUCCACCCCUCACCCCUCCUCACCCUUCCCCCCACUCCCCACGCCCAUAUCCCUCGGCCUCCCACGCCCCAGCGACGCCAAAGUCCUCGGGAUCCCCCAAGCCUGGAUCGCCCGCUCCACCCCCGCCAUCCAAGCGCUCUGCAACAGCCUAAUCCGCAAGCUGGUCGCGUCGCACGGCUACACCACCGUCGACAUCACCAUCCCCUUCCUCCGCGAAGGCCAGCUCGCGCACGCACUCACCGUGCUCACCGACGCCGCCACACUCCUCCCGGACCCUCGGGGCCUCACGGCGGCCAACCGCAUCCUGCUCGCGCUCGGGCGCGCGACGCCCGCGACCGACUACAUGCUCGCGCAGAAGCUGCGCCGCCUGCUGAUGCAGCACCUGGCGUGGCUGUGGCGCAAGCACCCGGGCAUGGUGAUCGUCACGCCCACGACGGCGUGCGAGGGCCUGCCGAUCGUCGACGACGCCGCCGAGAUGCGCUGGGGCCUCAACGACGGCGACCGCACCAUGCGGAGCAUGGAGUAUGUGUGGCUGGCUAACUUUUGUGGCUUGCCGAGUUUGAGCGUGCCCGCUGGGUUUGUGCCUGGUCGCGGGGGCACUGCGGAUGUGCCGGUUGGGUUGAUGGCUACGGGGGAGUGGUGCUCUGAGGAGCAGCUGUUGCGGUUUGGGAUGGUGUUGGAGGAGGUCGGGGCUGAGAGGCGGAGGAGGCCGGCCGCGUGGGUGGAUGUUGUUGAGGAGAGUAAGCGGAGGGGGUAGACUAGACGGGAGGGUGCCUUUUUUGCAUUGUAUAGAAAGGGGGGACUUAGAAGGGUGGGGGUCUAUUUAUGGUUGUGUCGGCGACCUUGUUGUACAUAUAGAAAUCCAUGAUACAGAGAUUCAUGAUACAGAGACCCGUAAUACAGAGACUCAUGGCCCCAUCUCUUGUUUGGGAAUGACGGAGGAGCCCUUGCGAGGCAUUCGCCAAUUUCGUCUCUUGAAUCAGAUGGGCCCGGAACGCCGCUUUGACGGUACCCCCCUAAAUAAACAACAACAACGACGACAAACAAAUCUACCUCCUCAGAAAAGAUUGACAAUGCCAGCCACGUGAGUGUU